CUUCUCUAAACACCUAUCACCCAAUACUUUUCCAGCAACAUACUACUUUUCUAGCAACAUACUGCUCUAAGAACCUCAGCAUGAAGCUCUUAAUCUACAUGGUUUCUGCUGUAUUAGCCACUGUUGCAACAGCCAAAAGCUGCACAACCGAAUUUGGAACAGGAGAGUGUGCUGCAGGAGGUUCUAUUUGCGUUGUUACCCAACCUCUCACUAGUAACGACUGCCCUGGAGGCGUAGUACGUGCCUGCACGACCUCAUCUGGUGUUGGAGAGUGUAGUGGAGCAGGUUCUAUUUGCCUUGUUACCAAGCCUCUCGCCGGUGGUGGCUGUUGAAGUGCAUGGAUACGGCGGUCAAUUGCAACG